AUGUCGAUCCCCUUCAGCGCAAGCACUCAAGCCUUCAUGGAAAGCUCCACAGAAACCCCGCCGUCUGGCCCUUUUACCUGGCCCUUCAUCGAGCCACCUCGUUUCAACCUCGGUACCCCCGACGAUUUCAACGAGCAACUGAUGGAGGAUCUUUGCCGCCCCAUCCCCAUCCUCGCCAUCCUCGCCAUGGAACUCGAGAGAGUAAAAGCUGAGACUCGGCAGCUGAAAGAGGAAAAUGAGGUUCUGAGGGCGCAAGUUGCGAGGUUGGAAGGUGGUGGCAACUGA